ACAGGUGUGUCGUCGCCGUGAUGUUUGUCCCUGCUCGGAUUCCAUCGCACAGUUUUCCUCCCAAUAACAUCAGACUUCUGCUUUCUGAACUCCUGCACUGAUUUGAAUAUAUUAAAAUUCAUUAGCUCGUCGUAUCCGCCGUGCCAUUCACACAAGAUUAUCCGGAUUUACUGAAAAGCGCCGCAUCAAAAAUCUGAUUUACUUUCAACCGAGUUUGAUGGAGUCGUUGCAGGUAUUCAACAGACAAGAACCUGUAACCAAAUAAACAAAAGAAGCAUCAACACAGGACAGAGGACUCUCCUUUCUUUAUGUAAGCUGAUUUUAUUCAGAAGAGACAACAAAUGAGCUGUGAAGAAAAUGUUCCUGAAGGGGCCUUUACUGUGCUGGAGCUCUGAGAGCAUGAAGUAAUGGAAAACCGAGAAGGAAGACCUGCAGAUGAGAGAGUCGUCCAGGCUCCAGACAGAGGACUCCUCCAUGUCUGGCCUUCAGGGGGAGGAACCGAGCAGCUCUUCUCGGAGACAGUGUUGUUGUCCAGACCCGUAGUGCAGGUCUCCCUGGGAGAACAUCAUGGCGUUCUCUUGGCACAGGGGGGUCAGGUAUUUUCAUUUGGGGAACUUUCAUGGCGGGGUCUGAGCGUCCCGGUGUCUGCUCCGGUGCUGGAGGCCUCGCUGCUGGGGAGGACGGUGGUCUACGUGGCUGCUGGUGGCUUCCACUGUGGAGUGAUAAGCGAGCAGGGCAGCGUUUACAUGUGGGGGGAGAACACUGCAGGACAGUGUGGGCAGACUGAGAGGGCCUUUGUUACAAAUAUCACAGUUUCUGAGCCCAGCCCUGUUACCGUGGUGGACAGUGAGGUCGUUCCUCCUGUGGUUGUGCGGGUCGUGAGCCUCGCCUGUGGACGGGAGCACAGUCUGGCUCUGUCGGACCACAACGAGCUGUGGGCCUGGGGGAGUGGAUGCCAGCUUGGCCUCGUCACCAAUACCUUCCCUGUGUGGAAACCUCAGAAGGUUGAACAUCUGGCAGGCAGACAUGUGAUUCAGGUGGCAUGUGGUGCGUACCACAGCCUGGCACUUGUUUGCAGUUUACCCGCUCAGCACUUCAGCACUCAGAGUACCCCGAAAAUGAGGAAACGGGACCGAUCCCUUCAGUGCCCGGUGCCAGAUCGGGAAGAACUGGUUACAGCCGAAGAUGCUCACUACUGUCCGCUCGGAGUGGAGCUCUCGGAAGUCACGAGAAGUGAGACUUCUUCCAGAAGACGUGUUUCCAGACAGCGGCUCCAUCCAGCUGGAAUGUCAUCUGGCAGCAGCCCCGUCUCCGGAUCCAGUUUAUCCUCGUAUUCUGAUGACAGCAGAUCUAACCCUAAACAAAGGAAUUUCCCAGUUUGCAGCAGGCUUGAGCCUGAGGAAAACAGAACUGAAUGUGUGUCGCAGACUGACGGAGGCCCAAAAGCAAACCGAGCCUUGGACUGGACCCCCAACAAGGACUCAGCGUUUUCCGACGAGCUGGAGCUUCAGAGUUUACUUGAGAAACUUUCUGGUGAGACCAUAGUGUCGCAAAACACCGUGGCGACAGAAGAUACCGACUCAGUGAGCAGCCAGACUGAAUCAGAUGACAGCUGCCUUUCUUCAACCCCCUCAUCGGAUCUGUUGACUUCCAGUUACAAAGAUGAUUCAACCUUUAAAAGACAGACAGACAACGGCAGGGCGUCUGGACCGCUCUCGUCUUCGCCAGUGUGCCUGGAAGAAGUUCGUCUUUGUCUGGAAAAGGAGAGGCAGGCACUGCUCAGCUCCAGUCUCACAAAUAUACACCAGAAGGGGAACGCAGCAACAAGCAGGAGGCUCUCCCUUCCAGGAACCCCCACCCAUGGGUCUCCUCGGAGACGCCCCCAUUGCGCCUGCGGGCCGCUCUCUGCUGAUCAGACUCUUUCUGCAGGACCAGACGAGGCAGGAGACGGGCUGCCGUCUCUGGAGACAGAAGUCUGGAGCUGGGGCCGUGGAUCUGAGGGGCAACUGGGACACGGAGACCAGCUCGCUAGGCUGCAGCCUUUAUGCAUCAAGUCUCUGACAGGCCAGGAAGUGAUCAAAGUUGCUGCAGGGUCCCACCAUUCGCUGGCUCUCACAGCACAGUGUCAGGUCUAUUCAUGGGGAAGUAACAUGUGUGGACAGCUUGGUCAUGUCAACAGCCCCGUCACUGUACCUCAUCUGGCAAAGCUGUCAGACGGUCUUCGUGUUUGGGAUGUGUCGGCCGGUCAGAGCCACUCCCUCCUCCUGGCGGACGGCGACUGCGUCCAGCCGGUCCUGCUGUACUGCGGGCAGCAGAGCGAGCCGCCGUCAGCGCUGAGCGAGGAAGUACAGAACCGAGGCUCGAGUCGGACCUCACAUAACAGGGCGGAGAGCUACUCGGUCAGACCUACGCUGCUGCCCUUCUGCAUUGAGAUGAAUUACAUCAGCAGCGUGUACGGCAGCGGUCGGAUGUGCGCAGCGCUGACGGACCGUAACAUGAUGGGUUUUAUCGCAGCCAUCCACGAGCUGGCCUCCAGAGAGAGACGCUUCUGCUGCUGGAUGAGCGACGUCAGGAAGGUCCUCCUCACUCCGCUGCGCACAAAGGAGAGUACGUGUCAGAUGUUGGGUGAGCUGUGCACCCAUCUCUUCUUUGCUCUCUGUGAGAGUUUUAUUCACCUGAGCAAGCUGGUUAGUCGUCACGCCGCAUCACUCAGCUACUUCCUGCAAAACGCGCAGAGCCGUGAUGUAACUUCCUUUCCCCUGCUGACGCACAGCGAACGCUUCCUGGAGACCUAUAGAAAGUAUUGUUCUGCAGUUGGUGACUUUCAAGUUAUGGGUGGAUUCCAGUCACUUCAUAAACUCUCACUGGAGUGCUUUGGCAGUCAGCAGGCUGUCAUCUCCCAGCUGAGUGGAUCAGACCAGUCUGUCAGUGGGAAGCUUGAUCUGGUUUCAAUGUUCUACCAGCCUCUGCAGCAGCUCCACCAUUACAACAGAGUCCUGCUCAAAAUGGCAGCAUGCUAUGACGUGCUAACUCUGGAGUAUCAGUCUCUGCAGCAGGGUUGUAGUCACUAUGAAGCUCUCUCUUUGUCCCUCGUGAGGAAGAAGAAGGAGGCUGAAACCACACAGCUCUUCUGGAAAACUCAUUCUGGCAAAACUACUGAGAGUCUGCGUCUCCCGCAGCGCCGUGUGGUUUGUGAGAGCAGCAACAGAUCUCUGACUCCUCAGAACGCGGGCCGGUUCUCCAACCACUGGUUCAUACUGUUCAAUGACGUCCUGGUGCACACACAGGGGAGUCUUUCCUCUCAGAGCUUCUUCUCGACACAUCACGUCUAUCCACUCACUUGUUUGUGGGUGAAACCGAUAACUGAAGACGGCAGUGGACUUUAUGCCAUUAAAAUCAUUUGUCCAGAGGAGAAUUUCACCCUGGUGGCCUCAACGCCACAGGAAAAGAACAAGUGGGUGCGGUCUCUGAACAAGGCGGUGGAUCAGGUGCUGGGCGGUGCAGCUCAGGGGUCAUCACCGGGGGUCACAGCGGCAAUGUGCCGCAAAGCCUCGUACAAGUUCAGAGCAGAUGAUCGAUUCAGAGACGCUCAGUACACUGGAGGCUGGCUGGUAGGACGAAUCCACGGCAGAGGAACCAUGAAGUGGCCGGAUGGGCGGGUGUACAAGGGAAACUUCAAGAAUGGACUGGAGGACGGGUAUGGAGAAUGUUUAGUACCAAACAAAGUGCAGGACAAACACGACACUUACCAAGGACAGUGGAGGGAGGGAAAGAUCCAUGGUUUUGGCAAGUACAAGUACGCCAGUGGAGAGGUAUACGAGGGCUGUUUCUGUGAUGGGCAGCGGCACGGUUACGGUAUGCUGAGCUCCGGUAAACUGGCCCUGACUUCUUCGAGCGUUUUCAUCGGCCACUGGGUUCACGACAAGAAGACGGGGUACGGAGUCCACGACGAUAUCAUGAGAGGAGAGAAGUACAUGGGCUUCUGGCUGGAUGACCUUCGGCACGGCAGCGCUGUGGUCGUCACUCAGUACGGCGUUUAUUUUGAAGGGUCAUUCAAAGAAAACAAGAUGAGCGGUUCAGGCCUGUUGGUGUCGGACGAUGACACAGUUUUUCAUGGGGAGUUUAGUGACGACUGGACCAUCAAUGGGAAGGGGGUUUUGACUCUCGCAAAUGGCGACUGUCUGGACGGUCUGUUCAGCGGAGAGUGGAGGACGGGUCUGAAGAUCGUAGGAACGUACGUCAAACCAAGCUUAGAUGGAUACGAAAGCAAGGAGAAAAACGACCUGCCCUUGGGUCAGUAUGUGGUGCCUGCAGCUCAAAGGUGGAUCUGUGUGUUUGACGAAUGCUGGGGUCGACUCGGCUGUGACGCCGCCGGCAUGGGAGAGAGGACCGCAGCCUGGGAGAACAUCGCUGUUACCAUAGCAACAGCUCGGCGCCAGAGCCCAGACCUUAGUAAAUCUCACACCAAAGUGCUGGAGAGUUUGGAGUUCAUCCCCCAGUACGGAGAGCCAGUCACCUCUGCAAACUACGACAACAUCAGAAGAUACCUCACCAAGGCAUGCGAGACCCCCCACCACCCUCUCGGCUGGCUGGUGGAGACGCUGGUGACGGCUUACAGGAUGACGUACGUCGGAGUGGGAUCAAACCGCAGGCUGCUCCGACAGGCUGUCCAAGAGCUCCAGGCCUACCUCACACACGUCUACAGCUUCAUCAGGUUUUUGUUUCCAGGGUUACCAGAUGAUGGCGGCAUCAUCCCAGACCCUCCUGACCCCAGCCCUUUGAAAAGCCGACACAACUCUAAUCAAGUGGAACAGGGUGUUUUAGUGGUGAGCUCUUCAUCUCUGCUCCUCCCUCUGCUGCUGCCUCGGCUCUACCCUCCUCUCUUCACCCUGUACUGUCUGCAGCAGGAGCAGGAGGAGGCCCAGUACUGGGAGCGCAUCCUCCGACUCAACAAGCAGCCCGACCAGUCGCUCCUCAGCUUCCUGGGAGUGCAGGAGAAGUUUUGGCCUCACUGGAUGUGCAUCCUGGGGCAGAAAAAGCAGAUAGUCUCCAGCAGUGAAGAUGCCUGUUUUGUUUCUGCAGUUGAGACCCUCCAACAAAUCAGCACCACGUUUACUCCAUCAGAUAAACUGGUGGUGAUUCAGAGGACGUUUGAGGAGCUCACGCUGGAGGUGAAACCUUUCCUGGCCGGGGAUUUCCUGUGGUGCAUGGACGAUCUGUUCCCUCUCUUCCUUUACGUGGUGCUCCGAGCGAGGAUCAGGAACCUGGGAGCUGAAGUGAGCCUGAUUGAAGACCUGAUGGAUCCUAACCUUCAGCAUGGAGAAAUGGGCCUGAUGUUCACCACACUGAAGGCCUGCUUCAUCCAGAUCCAGCAGGAAUCCACUAUGUAGGUACUGAUCCAGAGGUCCCAGUAUUCACUGGUUUCCUGCUGCUGGAAGCUGCGCCGACGCAGAGAGAGGAAUAAGCCUCAUGCUGCAUCUUCAUGCUUGCACCCUCAGUUUGCAGAAUGAAGCAGCACAGCGCCCUCUGUUGUUGAAGCGUUCAUCCUGGUAACACCUAUUCAUUGAUAUUCGCUGUACUUUGCGUCGAAAAUGUUUGUGUGAUUGAAAGGUUGGAGUUGCUGCGUCGUUAUAUAUGCUCUUUACAACUUCCCCCUGAAGAGAAACGCACCGCAGAUGUUGAGAUGUUUUUGUCUUGUUUAAUCAGUUUUUAUGUAUAAACUUUGAAACACAAGAACUUAAAAAAUCCUGACUUAUUCAAGCACUAAUGAAAUAAAAAAUGCAUCAAUAUAAAUAUUUCUCUAGCACUGAUAUUGUCUUGAAAGGAUCCCACAGCGUUUGGAAUAAUAACUGUUCUGAUACGCACCCACAUGGAUUAUUGUUAUUAUUAGAGCAGCUACAAGUACUGGAAAGGGAAUAAACACUGUUGUUUUUUUUUUUUUUUUUUACUGUUUUUGUUUUCUAUGAGAGUAUUUCAAAAUAAUGUCAAUGCAUUUUGGAUGCAGAAACGCAGCUCAUCGUUUUAUUGAACGUCUGUUUGUGCUUGUCAUGAGCAUUUAAAACAACGAGGAGCGGAGCUGUUCAUGGAUCCCAGCGUUUUAUACUCAGAAUCUGUCAGCACUCAGAUAUGAACACAACAGAGAGAUAUAUCACUGUGUUUGUGAACCGUCACGGAGAUCACGUCGGACCUGUCGUGAUUUCAUUUUGUAUAAAAAAGGUCGGUCAGUCAGAUUUUAACAGUGCAUAGAUGUAACCCCCCCAAAUACUGCAGCACUUACAUGAAAAUGUUAUUUAAUGCCAAGAUUGUUUGUAAUUGUUUAUGUUUUGACACAUAAUGAACAGUUAUGGUCAGACGUCUGCACGUGGUCAGCAUGGACGACAAUAUUGCAUUCAUUUAGGGCAUCUAAAGCAAGAGUUAGGUGUAUUUAUUGAACAUUUUCUCUAAUACUGGUUAAAAAUUAAACGCACAGGCUCAAAUAUAUACAUAUGCUCCCACCAAUAUGCUGAACAAGACAUAAUCAACUGCCUAAAUGAUCAACACCUUGAAAGUAUGACUGAAAAUGGACGAACCAAAUGUCCUCUGGAGAAACCUUUCAGGACACCGUCAAGCAUGGUGGUGGCAGUAUCAUGCCGGGGGGUCGUUUUACUGCCAGGGGCAAAUGUGGAGCAAACCGGCAAGCAGGAAAAUGGUCCCAAACACACAUCAAACCUGGCUGACAUCAAAAUCCUGGAACCGCCUUCUUAAAGCUCUGAUAUGAGCCAUUUUGAAAAUGUAUGAAUAUUUUGGCUUCUAGACAUUCCUAGAUCUUAGUUUUUGACCGGACUGGUUUAGGUGUCAAAACACUGGAACUGUCUGGUCAAAGUUGCAAAUUGCUAAUGUUCUUUCCACCAAAUAUUAGUUGGGGUGUAUAUAAAUAUUUGAGCCUGUGUGGAUUAGAGUAAAUCUCCAAUAAAGUCAAACUUGCGCAGCCAUUUUUUUAUGUUUUUGAAGUUUAUUAAAGUUUUACAUUGUGUUCUUAUCGCUGCCUGGAUGAAACAACAUCUCAUAACUAAAGGAGUCCAUGAUGAGGGUAUGUAAACGUCUGAGCGGAACAAUCGGAUCGUUUUCAGCCCGCUGUGGAGGAGUUUGAGUAUAAUUAAAGUUGAAUCUUCUAUUAAUAUUUUAUUCGAACAUCCAAACAAACCGAGGCAGUUUUCAGAGCAAGCCUCAUUACAUUUAUUUAUAUCAUAAUUUAUCAAUGAUUGAUCUAAGUGAGAUGUUUAACACAGAUAAUCUAUAUUUAUUGGCUAAAUCAUUGUUUGAUGCCAGGAAGCAAACUAAAAGUGAUCAAAUCUAAAAUUAAUACUGUCUAAAUGCACUUAAUGUAAUUUCUGCCUCAUUGUUGUGUGCCGGUUUGCUUUGUGUUUAUGGCACAGUUUUGCAGACUGUAGCUCAUGACCUGAAGCACCUUACUUACCCACAUCUUUUUACAUCCCUUGGAGAGGUCAUACGUGAAUGAUUAUUUUUCUAACCAAGGUUGUAUUUUUUUUUACUUCAUAACUUUAGAGGAAGCUGAUCAGCUGCACUGAAUGUUUGGUUUGUGGUUUGGUUGAAUAUUCAGAUGUAAAGCGGAGAUUUAUUAAUGGAACAAAAAGGGUAAUAAAUUAGUUUUGUUUUCUGGAA